UCAACACGUGCAAACCAAUACAUGUCGUUAUGUCUCAUCUUACUAACCACUUGAUGUCUCGGGUAUAUUUAAUGCAUCCAUGACACUACAAAGUCCACCCCAUUAUUUGAUCUUUGAUCAGCAACUCGUUGAACUGCAUCCACUAGCUAGUACAGAUCGAUGGCCGUGUCUUCGUUUUCGUUCCUCGAGCUCUUGCUCUCCUUCCUCUGCUUCGGUUUCUUCUACUACUACCACGUCAAGUCGAAGCAGAAGAACCCCGUCAUCCCGCUGCAAUGGCCAUUGGUGGGCAUGCUGCCCGCGCUCCUCGCCAACUGCAACCACCUCCACGAGUGGAUCACUUCCGUCCUCACAGUCACACCGUUGAACUUCCGGUUCAUCGGACCACCGAGCUCAGACAUGCGGCUCUUUAUCACCAGCGAUCCGGCCAACAUCCGCCACGUCUUCAACACCAACUUCUCCAACUACCCGAAAGGGCGUGAGUUCCAGGAGAUCUUCGACAUCCUCGGCGACGGCAUCUUCAGCGCCGACGGCGAAUCGUGGCGCCGGCAGCGCACCAAGGCCCAGCUGCUCAUGUCCAGCCCACGUUUCCGGGCGUUCGUGGCCCGGUACAGCCGUGACAAGGUCGAGAAGGCGCUGCUCCCGCUGCUCGCCCACGUCGCCGGGACAGGAGACGCGUGCAACCUGCAGGACGUGUUCCUGAGGCUGACGUUUGACACGACGACCACGCUGGUGUUCGGCGUCGACCCCGGAUCCGUCGCGAUCGACUUGCCGGAGGUGCCCUUCGCGCGCGCCAUGGACGACGCCAUGACCAUGCUUCUCCUCCGGCACAUCGUCCCGCUGUCGUGGUGGAGGUUAGCGAGGAGGCUGGGGAUCGGGUACGAGCGGAAGAUGCCGGUGGCGUGGCGAACCAUGGACCGGUUCGUCGCCGACACGAUCGCCAAGCGGCGGGCGGAGAAGGCCAGAACCGGGAUCGACGACUCGGCGGACCUGCUCUCCUCCUACAUCAACGACGACGAAGAGGACGCCGGCACGGUGGACGCCUUCCUCCGCGACACGACCAUUAACCUCAUGCUCGCCGGCCGCGACACGACGGGCUCUGCGCUCUCCUGGUUCUUCUACCUCCUCACCAAGAACCCGCGUGUGCUGCACAAACUCCUACAAGAGCUCGACUCCGUCAAGAGCACCACCGCCGCGGACGGCAUGGUGAUCUUCGACCCGGACGAGACCGGACGGCUCGUGUACCUGCACGCCGCCCUGUGCGAGUCGCUCAGGCUGUACCCGCCCGUGCCAAUGGAGCACAAGGGCCCGGCCGCCGCCGAUGUGCUGCCGAGCGGGCACGAGGUGCGCCCGGGGGACAAGAUCGUGGUGUCGCUGUACGCGAUGGGGAGGAUGGAGUCCGUGUGGGGCAGCGACUGCAUGGAGUUCAGGCCGGAGCGGUGGAUCUCCGACGACGGCAAGCUGCGGUACGUGCCAUCGUACAAGUUCAUGUCCUUCAACUCGGGGCCCCGGACCUGCCUCGGCAAGGACAUGGCGUUCGUGCAGCUCAAGACCGCGGCGGCGGCGGUAAUGAAGAACUUCGAGAUCGAGGCCGUUGCCGGCCACGUCGUGGAGCCCAAGCUCUCCAUCAUACUCCACAUGAAGAAUGGCUUCAUGGUGAGGGUUAAGCGAAGGCUUGCGGUUUGCUAGAGAAAUAUCGGAUUCCAUGGUUCUAGGACAAGGACAAGAGGGAGGGGAAUCAAUCACGAUUAAACAGUGCUAUUGUACGUCCAUUUGGUGCGAAUAUCGUCUAUAGCGAUUUGCUCUGCACCUCUGGCCUCUGAGUCUGCGGUACUACUAGCUGAAAUGCCGCGCGAAUGCGCGUAUUUUUCUUGCAUUGCAUGGUUGCUUUUGCCUAUACUGUGCAAAAGGCUAAAAGCCACUGUACUGUGUAGUACUGCUCGUCUCAUGCUUCUAGACCAAUAAUAAUAUAAAGGCGGACUGGAAAAUCGAGUUCGAUCUCA